AUAGUCAUUGGUAAUAGAUAGUUGUUUACAGAAUAAUCUUACUUUUCGUGGGUUCCUUUAGCGUUAUAUCUAAUAAACAUGGAUCCGGCUUUGCUACGGGAACGGGAGGCUUUCAAGAAAAAGGCACUUGCAACUCCAAGUAUUGAAAAGAAGAAAAGAGAUGAUUCACAGUUCAAAGAUGACAGCAAGAAGAAAUCGAAAUCUUCCAGCUCAGUCAACUCAGCACCGAAGCUGGAUGCCUCGACAUACAAAACUAUGUCAGGCAGUUCAUCAUACCGGUUCGGAGUACUGGCUAGGAUCGUGAGACACAUGAGAGCUCGCCAUCAAGACGGAGAUGACCAUCCCCUCACCUUGGACGAAGUCUUGGACGAGACUAAUCAGCUAGACGUUGGAAAUAAAGUCAAGCAGUGGCUACAAACAGAAGCUUUACAAAACAAUCCCAAAAUAGAAUGUACGCCAGAUGGAAAAUAUAAUUUUAAGCCUGUAUAUAAAAUUAAAGAUAAGAAAUCAUUGCUCAGAUUGUUAAAACAGCAAGACUUGAAAGGUUUAGGUGGCAUAUUGCUUGAAGAUGUUCAGGAAUCUCUUCCUCAUUGCGAGAAGGCACUCAAGAAUUUAGCGAAUGAGAUCUUGUACAUCACACGACCCACAGAUAAGAAGAAAAUACUCUUCUAUAAUGACAAGACUGCUACUUUAGACGUUGACGACGAAUUUGUGAAGCUAUGGCGAGCUACAGCGGUAGACGCGAUGGACGAUGCUAAAAUAGAGGAGUACCUGGAAAAGCAAGGAAUUAAAUCUAUGCAAGACCACGGCCCGAGGAAGCCCGUCGUCCCAAAGAGAAAGAAAGUAUCCCAGAAACGGCGACAGUUCAAGAAACCUCGCGACAACGAGCACUUGGCGGAUGUACUAGAAACUUACGAAGACAAUACUUUGACCCAGAAAGGCGUCAGUAUAAAAUAAAUGACUUAUAUAGACAUA